AUGCAGUCUUGGCAGCCCAACGACCUUGAUUCUAUUCACUCGGAAGCCCUCGAGCUUCUUGGGAAACGAAAGAGGCGUCAACGUCUGAGAUAUAGCUGCACAGAAUGCCAUCGUCGCAAGCACAAGUGCGAUCGCGAGACUCCCUGCGGCAAAUGUGUCGAGCGUGGCGUCGCUUCCUCCUGCGUUCCAUUCGGCGAAAACGGUCCGGAUGCACACGAGCGUACCAAACAGCUAGAGACCAUUCUGUCUCGCCUUCUUCAGGCCAGCCGCCCAGCGAUCGAGGAUACCGCCUCUCGACCUAGUCAGUCCGAGUCGGGUCCAUCCUCCUAUCUCGUCAAUGAUCCGACCACUUUCACCAGCUUCGUAUCCAGCACCAACUCAGCAUUGUCAUCCUAUCCCACCUCCAAUGCCAGACGCAGCAGAUCCUCGACACCACGAUGCAAGAGCAAUCCUGCCGUCACCACGGCCGCUUCCCUCCCCUUCAGAGCUCAGAUUGGAUCCGAAGUGCUCGAAUUCUCGUCCUCCGCUCAAAGCUAUCCACCCUCUGCUCAUUACCAAAGGCUCGUCCGCCAAGGCAUCCUUCAGCAAGACGAGAUUCACAACCUGGCUUCCGCGCUACCGUCGCAAGAUGAGACGGCUGUGCUCCUUGGCGUCUUUUUCCGCGAUAUCAAUCCCCUCAUGUUCCCCUUUGACGAGAUGUGGUUUCGCGAAGCAUUCAACUCGGCCACCGAUGUCAUUUGGGGCGACCAGGAAACUGCAUACGAUCAGGAUGCGCCAGAUCAUCUUUCCAUCAUUACGCUCCUCUUUGCCAUUCUGGCUCUCACUUCACUGUCCCUGCCUCUUUCACUAGGAAGCGAAGCUCACGGCGCAUCGCAGGCAGCCCUGUAUAACUAUCAGUGUCGCAAGUGCCAUGUGCUCGCCGCCUCCAUCCAAAGCCACGAUCUUUUUAUCGUCCUCUCCCACAUCAUCUCCGCUCGAUUCCUCGUCCUUCAGCGCCAGGCCAAGGACAGCUGGCUUUCUUUGGGAUCCGCCAUUCGAGAAGCUCAGAUCUUGGGCUUGCAUCGUCUGGGCCCUACCCCUCAGCCCGAUGUAGAAGAAAGCAGAAUCGCGAUCAUGCGUCGCACUGUCUGGAUGCAUCUUGUCUUCGAGGAUUGCUUCCUCAGCCUCAUCGUAGGUCAAGCACCCUCAAUUCACGACUCCUUCUGCGACACUGCACCUCCCGCACGCUUGCUCUCGAAACACGUCGAGCCUAUGCGUUUCGACCUCUCGCUUAUGUUGCACAUCCGACAUGACCUGUGUCGCAUCGUCAGCAAGAUGCUCGGUCUCUUCUUUUCCGACGAACGCGACAUGACGUACGCUGCCGUCCUUGAUCUUGAUAGCGAGCUCCAGGCUUUCCAGCAUUCCCUGCCCGUGCCUUAUGGCAUCAAUGACGUUUUGAGACCGCGCUCAGCUGGUCACGAUGAUGGCUCGUUCCGCAACAUCGCACUGCAUCGCUUCCUGCUUCACAUCAGUGUCAGUUAUCUCCUCGUUUCGCUGCAUCUGCCCUAUCUGCGUCGAGGCAGGGCUGUUUCGGGGUUCGAGAGGUCACGUCAAGCCGCUAUGCAAGCCGCGAUCAGCGACCAUCGCGCACGAGCAGAACUGCGCGAGAAUUUGCAAUGGCCCGACCACCUCGCCAGGGACAGCUUUGUCGGCGGACGCUUCUUCUACUUUCAUGCCACUUCGGCGCUUGGCAUAUGCCUCCUCUCUGAACCGGAUCCAGCCACAGUGCAGAGCCUUUCGCCUAUGCUCGAUGAAUUCCUCGAGUACGCAAAAGACCAUCAGCGCCAGCAAGGUGUAGAUCCGAAUCGCUGCAUCAGACAGGAGAUCGGGAUCGUCAAUCUCAUUCGAGGCCGUGUCAAGCUCAGACUCGGCUGUCACGAUUCAACGGCAGCGGGGCAAAGCACGAUCUCGAGUACGCUCAGCACCUCGUCCGGCAGCGUUAUCGACAACCUUAGGAAAGGUGCGUUGCUGCAUGAAUCAGCACGCGCCGCUGCCGAAACAGCGUCACCUGCGGCAACGUCGAAUCCCAUCCAUCAGCCUGCGCUCGAUCUUGCCCCGCAGGCGGGACACACACGCCACCCAGAGGUAGGAGAGGACAUGUACGAUUGGUGGUCGUGGCUUGUAUCCAGUCUCACUCCCUCGGAUCUGACCCUUGAUGCAACCUUGGCGCCGAACACAGAUCCAACAGAAUGA